AUGGAUUCAGACAGCGAUGAUGAAUAUUGUUUUGUGAAACCAUUUAAAAUAGAAUAUAAAACAAAAGCAUGGGAUUCUGCUCAUAUCAAACCGAAGCGAGAAGGAAAAUGGCUAGUUUUUUAUGACGAAAAAACUGGAGAAAGACUAAAUGACCCGCCUCCGAUCUCAAAAGGAGAUAAUGGCAAAGCAUAUUAUAAAAGAAAAAUUCCAAAAGAACGAAAAAUUCAAGAAAUUCAGCCUUUUGAACCUCCAACAGAUAAUUACACGGCAAUAAAACCAAGAAGACACUUUGUUUUGAAACAAAGACAUAUUGAUACAGAAGAUAAAUACAAAAAUAUUAUAGAUGAUGAUUUAUCCCAAAUGCCAGAACAUGCAGGCGAACAUUACUUUGUUGGAAAUCGUCAUUAUCGUAAUCCUUUUCGUGUUUCUACAUAUUUAGUUAACGAAAAACGUGCACAAGAAAUGAAAGAAAUUUUAGAAGAAGGAUAUCGAAAACGUGCUCCAAAAACAGCCAGAAGGAAUCUUCCAUCUCUUUUUGAAAGAUCUGUUUCAAUUCCCAAGAAAUUUGAAUUAUAA